AUGGCCUCCCUCGCGUCUCACAUUGACCCCGACGAGCUCAUCGAGAAGUUCCACGACCACCCCGUCCACCACCGCGGUUUCCACUCAAGCAAUGCCGUCAACCACAACACUCCCUACUCGAGUCGCUAUGCCUCAAUCAGCCAGCUGUCCAAAUUCAAGAUGCCCCAUGACGGUGCUCCCGCCGAUGCCGUCCACCAGAUGCUGAAGGACGAGCUCGAUCUCGACGGCCGCCCCAACCUAAACCUUGCCUCCUUUGUCGGAACAUACAUGGAGGAGCACGCUGAGAAGCUCAUGAUUGAGAACCUGAGCAAGAACCUGAGCGAUGCGGACGAAUAUCCGGCCAUGAUGCAGAUGCAUGCCCGCUGCAUCUCCAUUCUCGCACACUUGUGGGGUGCUCAGAAGGGCGAAAAGGCCAUCGGAAGCGCUACAACCGGCUCCAGUGAAGCCAUUCACCUCGGCGGUCUUGCCAUGAAGCGGCGCUGGCAGGAGAAGCGCAGGGCCGACGGAAAAUCUACCGAAAAGCCGAACAUUAUCAUGGGAGCCAAUGCCCAGGUGGCCCUCGAGAAGUUUGCCCGCUACUUCGAGGUUGAGGCUCGCAUCUUGCCCGUGAGUGAGAAGAGCUCGUACCGCCUUGACCCCGACCUCGUCCGAGAGAACGUUGACGAAAACACCAUUGGCGUGUUUGUGAUUCUCGGAUCCACCUACACCGGCCACUACGAGCCAGUCGAAGAGAUAUCAAAGAUUUUGGACGAGUAUGAGGCCAAGACCGGUGUCGAUAUUCCAAUUCAUGUCGACGGAGCUUCUGGUGCUUUCAUUGCCCCCUUCACCCACGCCAAAGCUGGUGGACCCAAGUGGAACUUCGAGCUUCCUCGCGUGAAGUCCAUCAACGUAUCGGGCCAUAAGUUUGGCCUGGUAUACGCCGGUGUUGGUUGGAUCAUCUGGCGAGACGAAUCUUAUUUGCCCAAGGAUCUAAUCUUCGAACUGCACUACCUGGGUGGCACCGAGGAGUCGUACACACUCAACUUCUCCCGACCAGGUGCACAAAUCAUUGCCCAGUACUACAACCUCAUCCACCUUGGUUUCACCGGCUACCGUACUAUCAUGGAAAAUGCACUGUCAAACGCCCGUUUGCUGAGCCGGGCGCUCGAGGCCACUGGAUGGUACGAGUGCGUUAGUGACAUCCACCGGAAGAAAGGCGACCACAAGUUUGUGGAGGGCCAGAAACCAUUCGAAGAGGGCGAGGACAGUUCUGCCUACAAUGCGGGGUUGCCCGUCGUUGCUUUCACCCUGAGCAAGAAGUUCAAGGAACAGUUCCCUCACGUCAAGCAGGUAUCGAUCAGCAACCUUCUGAGAGCGAAGCAGUAUAUCAUUCCCAACUACCCUCUGCCCCCUAAUGAGGAGAAGACCGAGAUUCUGCGCGUCGUUGUGCGCGAGUCUAUGAGCCUCGAUCUGCUUGAUCGCUUAAUUACCGACAUCUGCGCAGUGACGGAGUCAGUCAUGCAGAGCGACGCGAUUGAUCUCGCGGCAUGGCAAUCGGCCGGCAACACCGUCGAGAAGACUCAUGGCAGCCGUGGGGUUCGCGGUCAUGAGAUGCACAAGGCUAAGAGGCCGAUGCAUCACGGUGUGCACCGGAGUGUGUGCUAG